ACACAUUGUUUGUAGCACCUCUCUUUUCCUUCCCCAUAAAUAUCUCCGCUUCUCCACCUACCAAUCACACCUCUCACUCUCACUUUACUAUCUUGAAGGCUGAAGCUUCGUUGACAUUGAUCUGAUCUGAAACAAUGGCCAAGGAACCAGUUCGCGUUCUUGUUACCGGAGCCGCUGGACAAAUCGGAUAUGCCCUAGUUCCCAUGAUUGCCAGGGGAGUGAUGCUUGGUCCUGACCAGCCUGUCAUUCUUCACAUGCUUGAUAUCCCACCUGCAGCAGAGGCACUGAAUGGUGUGAAGAUGGAGUUGAUUGAUGCUGCAUUCCCUCUCCUUAAAGGUGUUGUUGCCACAACUGAUGUUGUUGAGGCAUGCACUGGAGUCAAUAUUGCAGUCAUGGUUGGUGGUUUCCCAAGGAAAGAAGGCAUGGAGAGGAAAGAUGUGAUGUCAAAGAACGUCUCAAUCUACAAGGCACAGGCUUCUGCCUUGGAAAAGCAUGCCGCUGCUAACUGCAAGGUUCUAGUGGUUGCAAACCCAGCAAACACCAAUGCAUUGAUUCUGAAGGAAUUCGCACCCUCUAUUCCUGAGAAGAACAUUACUUGCUUGACCAGACUGGAUCAUAACAGGGCAUUGGGUCAAGUCUCUGAGAGAUUGAAUGUUCAGGUAUCUGAUGUCAAGAAUGUGAUUAUCUGGGGAAAUCAUUCAUCAUCCCAGUACCCUGAUGUCAACCAUGCAACCGUGAAGACACCAUCCGGUGAAAAGCCUGUCCGUGAGCUUGUUAAAGAUGAUGCAUGGUUGAAUGGAGAAUUCAUCACUACUGUCCAGCAACGUGGUGCUGCAAUCAUCAAAGCCAGAAAGCUCUCAAGUGCUUUGUCUGCUGCUAGCUCUGCUUGUGACCAUAUCCGUGAUUGGGUCCUUGGAACUCCUGAGGGCACUUGGGUCUCCAUGGGGGUGUACUCUGAUGGUUCAUACAAUGUACCAGCUGGGCUCAUUUACUCCUUCCCAGUAAAGUGCCGCAAUGGGGAAUGGACAAUUGUUCAAGAACUUGGAAUUGAUGCGUUCUCAAGGAAGAAGUUGGACGCUACAGCAGCAGAGCUGUCUGAGGAGAAGGCUCUGGCAUACUCAUGUCUUUCAUAGAUGGCAUUUUUCCCUCUAAUAGUGUGCUAGUGAGAGGGCCAUCUCCCUUUUUAUCUGCGUAGAAGUAGCUACAGUUUUGAAUAAAAAAAAAAAAACACUAUUGACAAUAUGAAGAGGAAGUGUUAAUGGUGGAGUCAUGGAGAAGCUGUAUCGUUGGAUCCCGACGUUAUGUCUGUCAUUUAAUAUGGGCAUUUUGAAAUUUGAGUAACUUGUCCUGGAUUUGAGAUUCUAUUUACUUUCGUGAAUGGAUGAUAAUGGCCAUUGUGAUUUAUGCAUGUGAAUUAUUAUUA